AUGGAGUCAGGCGCUUCUCCAGAUGUUGUUGGCUGGACGCAAAGAAUUACUGCAGUGGGCAGGUCCCAGCAGUGGCAGCUGGCUGUGCACCUGCUCACGGAAAUGCAGACGUUUCGAGCCUGGCCAAAUGAAAUCACUUUUGGUGCUUGCAUGAGCGCCUGUGCAAGAGCAUCCAGAUGGCAAUCAUCUUUGCAGUUGAUGGUGAGUCUGCGUAAGGCAAGACUCCAACCCAAUACGGUUAUCUACAACACAGCCUUGGCUGCAUGCGAGAAAGCCUCGCAGUGGGCAGCGUCUCUUCAGCUUUUCGGCAGCUCGGGUGGAGCUCCCGAUCUUAUCACGUACAACUCCCUGAUCAGUACGAUGGGGCGCCCAAGUCGUUGGAGAAGUGCCUUGAGCUUGGUGGAAGCGGCGAAGGCAGCCGGGUUUGAGCCGGACCGAAUUACCCUCAACGCUGCCAUGAACGCCUGCAGCCGGGCCGGUUGCUGGGAGUGGGCUUUGACACUUCUGCACGACAUGCUCCGCACAGGCCCCGCCCCUUGUAUAGCAGACUUCAACGUUGCCAUCAGUGCGAUGGACGAAGCCUCGCAAUGGGAGCGUGCCCAAACGUUACUGCUGGAUGCCGAAGCUUCAGCGCUGGACGCAGACAUCGUAACGCACACUUCCAUGGUGUCGGCCCUCGGAAGUGGGAAGCAGUGGGAGGCAGCUUUGGGUUUGCUGCUGGCCAUAAUCGAGCGAAGAUUUCAGCCUCAACUGCAAACCUACAACGUGGCACUUUCGGCGGUCAGGCGGGCACAUGCCUGGCGCCACUGCAUGUGCACUGCUGAGACCCUGUCCGCUGCUGGACUUCACCGUGACAUAAUCACUCAGAACGAGCUAGUUCGGGCAUCAGCACUUGCAGGCCAGUGGCAGUGUGCUCACAGCUUGCUUCGAGGCGUAGGCGAUAUGUCUUGCCAGCCAACACGCAUUACCUUCAAUGCAGCUCUUCAGGGCUUUCAAUUUGGCCAAGGCGUCGAUCUUGCAAUCCAGCUGCUGGAUGACAUGCAGAAUCUUCGUUUGUCCCGAGAGCCUGUCGACUUCAGCCCGGUCAUUCUUGGCCUUGUGGCCGCCGACCGCGUAACGGAUGCGCUUCAAGUCUUGGAUUCGAUGCUGGUGGGCGCGUGUGGAAAGGGUCUUUAUGACAUUGUCACGGAGUUCCCAGAGCAGGAUAGGCGAGCACUGACGUGCCUGCGACGGACGAAGGCGCUUCCAGCAGUUGCAGCCUGUUUGACCGAGCUGCUGGCUGCAUGCGAAAGGGCAGAACCCGGCACACGGACUGAGCUUGCUUUGCUUAAGCUUCUCUCAUUGGGCGUGGACUAUGCCGAACAUACAGAGGACGGCGAGUUUGCAACUGGCGAAAUGGAUGGCGGCGAUGUGGCUCAUGAGGAGCUUCUACAGUUGGUUCGUUCCUUGGCCCCGGUAGGCCUUGCUGCUAGGCUUGCUGCUUGUGGCCGUGGUUCAGAGGCGUCAUUGCUCCUGUGGGACAUGCUUGCAGCGCCCACGUCACCUAGCGACGUGCCCGGCGAAGCGCUGAGUCGGCGGGCGGCGCUGUCACUGCAGGCGAAGCUGUGCCGGCGACCUCUCGUCUACCUGCCAACCCUGCCUCCAUGGAGUGCGACUUUUCUGGCUAUGCCGCCCAAGCGCUCCUAUGCACGCGAACUGAGCCUCCUGCGCUACGUUUUGAUGAAAGCCAAGCCAGGAAGCCCUGCUUCGGUUUGUGAAGCAGUCGAGGCCCACAGCCGCAGGGUCCUCGGGGCCGAAGGGAUGUGGUCCAAGUUUGCAGGUGGUGGAAAAGCCGAUUGCCUGGUUGCUGCUGCGGCAGGUUCUGCCGCAGACAGUCCCGUGCUGGAGAUCGGCACCUACUGUGGUUAUGCAACCUUGCGCCUAGUACAAUCUCUGCCACACGCACAGAUCAUAAGCCUGGAAUCAGAUCCAAUGAUGGUGGUCGUUGCUCGAGCUUUUCUGGCGCUGUCAGGACGAGUGGCUGAACAAGUUGAUGUUCGCACCGGCCACAGCCGCUCAUUGCUCCCGACCCUCUCAGCAUCCUUCGGCUUGGUCUUCAUGGAUAUUUGGGGUUCCCAGUACAUCGAAACAUGUCAAGAGCUUGACUCACUUGGACUGCUUCGACCACGUGCCACAGUUGUGGCCGACAAUGUCCUGGAGACUGGCGCCAUCUUGUAUCUGUGGCACGUUGCGAAUCCAGCCGCAGAUUUCCGCACGCAAGUUCUGACUGUCGAGUUCACCAGCCCUGGCCGCGCUGGCUCACCGGGUGUUGAGGAAGACUGGCUUACCGUGAGCGUCGCACGUCCCAAAAGCCACGAGGCCUCCAAAGGCCCCAACGGCCCCAAACCCCCUCCACAGGUCCUCGAAGCCCAUCGGGCCUCUGAGCGGAUGCGGGAGAUGGUGUUCAGCCCUGGGCACUCCGUGACAGCCAAGGAGCGUUCCGCCUUCUGUGCUAAGCUCAAAGGCCUUGUCUGCAGCGCGCUGCCUCAUGUGGAGCCGCUGUGA